AUGAGGUAUAUUAGGACAAACAGUUUCAAGAGACUCUUCUCAUUCAAAAAACGUUCUUUAGAGGUAGAAAAAGAUAACACCUUGAAGAUUCUUCCAUAUGAAGAACAUUUUCAAAAACCCACUUGGAAAUGUUUCUCUUAUGAAGAAUUAUUUGAUGCCACCAAUGGCUUCAACCCAGAAAACAUUGUUGGAAAAGGAGGUUAUGCAGAAGUUUACAAAGGAACAUUGAAAAAUGGUGAAGAAAUUGCUGUGAAAAGAUUAACAAGAACUUCAAGAGAUGAAAGAAAAGAGAAAGAGUUUUUGACAGAGAUUGGAACAAUAGGACAUGUUCGUCAUUCGAAUGUCUUGUCUUUACUAGGAUGUUGUAUUGACAAUGGACUUUACUUUGUUUUUGAGUUAUCCACAACAGGUUCUGUUUCAUCUAUUCUUCAUGAUGAAAAGUUGGAACCUUUAGAUUGGAAAACAAGGUGUAAGAUAGUUCUUGGGACGGCGCGUGGACUUCACUACCUACAUAAGGGUUGCAAGAGGAGAAUAAUUCAUAGAGAUAUCAAAGCAUCAAACAUUUUGUUGACUAAAGAUUUUGAACCACAGAUAUCUGAUUUUGGAUUAGCAAAAUGGCUUCCAUCUCAAUGGACUCAUCAUUCAAUUGUUCCAAUAGAAGGGACAUUUGGACAUUUGGCACCAGAGUACUAUUUGCAUGGAGUUGUUGAUGAGAAAACAGAUGUGUUUGCAUUUGGUGUUUUCUUGCUUGAAGUCAUUUCUGGUAGGAAACCUGUUGAUGGGUCUCACCAAAGUUUACAUAGUUGGGCUAAACCAAUUUUGAACAAGGAUGACCUAGAAGUGCUGGUAGAUGCAAGGCUUGAAGGGAGUUAUGAUGUGAAACAAUUAAAGAGAUUUGCCUUUGCUGCCUCUCUUUGUAUUAGGGCAUCUUCCACUUGGCGACCUAACAUGACUGAGGUAUUGGAAAUAAUAGAGGAGGGAGAGAUUGAUAAAGAGAAAUGGAAAAUGCCAGAGGAAGAAGAAGUACAAGAACAUGAGUUUUGGGGGUUUGAGGAUUUGGAAUAUGAAUAUGAUAUUUCAUUUUCAAUGUCUUUAAUUGAUUCAAUUGAAAGUAAUUAA